AUGGCCCCCGAUAAGCGAGCGCUUCUUAUAUCCAGCCCUUAUAAUGGACUUCUUGGACCGGCCAAUGACAUAAAACUCAUGAGUAGCGUCCUUGGGCGCAAAGGCUUCAAGUUAACAGAAUGCUCUGGGCGCAAUGCGACCCGCAAUUCAAUCAAGUCGGCCUGGUCGAAGCUUACUCAGCAGUGCUCUGAUCAGGACGUUGUCGUGAUUUACUAUUCAGGGCACGGAGGUUUGGUCCAAUCUCCCGUACGUCCAGCGGCGGAUUCCGACCAAAGAGCAAACGGUGAAAAAGCGCCUUGGCGCUAUCAGUUCAUCGUUCCCAUCGACUACCAUGAGACGACGGAAAAUGACUUCAGGGGCGUACUAGAUGUGGAGCUAUCGCAUCUGCUUCGCGACACCACACAAAAGACCAAGAAUGUUACAGUUAUCCUUGACUGCUGUCACUCUGGUCGCAUGUCGCGAGAUCCAAGCCUCGGGACCAGAGCAGUCCCCAGAUACAUUGCUGAGCAGGAGCACAAACGCAUCGGAGAGUAUAUUGAGAUGCUCAGGAAGAAGGGAGAACUCAAGGGCGAGACAUUCCUCGAGGGUAACCCAAACGCGGUCCGGAUUGUUGCCUGCAACACCAGUGAAAGUGCCUUUGAGUACGAAACUAUGUCUGGCUCGUGGACUGGUGCAUUCACUGAGGCUCUGGCUCAGGCCCUACAGGAAUCAGACGGGCAGGAGGUGUCCUGGAGCACUACGCUACUUCGUGUGGGACAGCUUGUCAAUGUCCGCUUCCCCCAGCAACAUCCGCACGCCGAGGGACCGCACGCUCGUAUGCCCUUCACCUUGAAGGAAGCAUCGAGGACUUUGCUUCUUCGUAUGGAAGGCAGCGUCGGAAUAUUAUCCGCAGGAAGGGUCGGCGGCGUUCGCGAAAACAAUGCCUACACGAUAUAUCCUUUCAUCUCUGAUGCCGGCGAAGCUAGAACCCAGAUUGCCACAGGCUUCGUCACCAAUGUCGCAGGCUUUAGGUCUCGUGUGCAUUUGGAAUUCAAAGGGGAAGAAAAGUCCAUCCCUGCUGAGGGUGCAAAAGCAGUUUUGGAGCAAGAGGCCCUGUACGAGUGGCCCAUUGAGUUUCCGGCAGGACUUGAAAGACUCCAGCUGCUUGUGGACGAGUCUGAUUACCUGCGGCCUCGUGAUGCGGACGACAAAGACCCCCUCGCGGUGAUUCGGCAAAGCGGUCCCACAAUUGAAGUUGUCAACAGCAAAGGAACUCCAAUCGCAGCAAGGACGGCACAUGACCCAAACUCAUUGCGUCAGGUAUUUAAUGAUAUUGUCAUUGAUGCCGAAGAGCUUGCCCGCGGGCAGCAUCUUCUUGGUCUGGACUGCGAAAAUCCCGAGGAAAGGCUCCGCCACAAGAUCAAAAUUGAAUUUGGGCUCGCCGUAAAAGGGAAACGGGGAAGGAUGAUCGCUCAGGAUGGCACAGGUUACUUGGCCGACGGGGACCGCGUGUUUAUCAACCUACGAAACGAGGGCGACAACAGUGUCUACAUAUCCCUAUUUGACGUUAAUGUCGCUGGGCGGAUUUCAUAUCUCUCGCGUUCAAGCCCUAGCGGCAUUGACCUAGAAAGCGGUCGGUCAUACACACUCGGUGCAAAAGACCUUGACAGGGGGCUUCCAGGACUGCCAGUCACGUGGCCGAACCAAGUUCCGAUGAGCAACAAGGUUGACGAGACGUUGGUGGCCGUGGUAACCAGCUCGCCGGUGGACAUUGGAUAUCUGGGAAAUCCGCGCAGUGAAACAGAAGUUCGUUCGUCUGGAAAGGCAGCGGGUACCCAGUCUAAUCUGGAGCAACUGAUUGAUACCAUCUCGAGUGGCCAACGUCGUACCAUUGGAGUCGAAGAAGAUGCUCCUUCUAUCCGCUACGACGUUAUCCAGAUUCCGUUCACACUUCGAACCACUCCUACCGACAGUUAUGGUCGACAUGUUGAGCAGGACGGCUAG